UAGGCGGCGGUAAUGCAACAUUAACGCCGUAAAACGCACAAGGAAGAAGAAGAACAGAGGGGAGGGGUGACAAACAUGGCCGACGAGUCAGGAGAAGUAAACACAGCUGUUGGGGAUAACGAAGCUAAACAACAGUUAGAUGAGCCAGACGUUUCGGGAGCUGUGACCAGUGACGAGUCUGGAGACAGCGAUGGACAAGGCCAGGCAGAGAAGCCGACUCCGACCGCGACAGAAAACAGCUGUUCGGCUCCUAUCCUGUCUCUGGCUCGGAAGGCCACGAUUAGCAGCGGUGUGAGCUUUACUGCUGCCCCGAGAAAUCCCUCACAGGGAUCUGCUGCGAGCUCCCUGACGGAGAAGGAGUCCGAAAAUGAUCUCAACAGCGAUUUUAAAAAGCUCCCAGUUGUGCCCUCACAAGACCCAAUGGCAAUAGAAAGAGCCAACCUUCUCAGCAUGAUGAAGCUGAGCAUCAAAGUAUUAAUUCAGUCCUCCUUAAGUCUUGGCAGGACCCUGGACUCGGAGUACCCUCCUCUGCAGCAGUUUUUUGUCGUCCUGGAGCACUGCCUCAAACAUGGGCUGAAAGCCAAGAAAUCCUUCAUUGGUCAGAACAAGUCCAUAUGGGGACCUCUGGAACUAGUUGAGAAGUUAUGUCCAGAGUCUCUUAACAUUGUCACAAGUGCCAGAGAUCUGCCUGGCAUUAAGACUAGUUUGGGGAGAGCAAGGGCGUGGCUGCAUUUAGCGCUCAUGCAGAAAAAAGUAGCUGACUAUAUGAAAGUUCUGCUGGACCGCAAGGAUCUCCUGAGUGAGUUUUAUGACUAUGGAGCAUUGAUGAUGGAGGAGGAGGGGGCGGUGAUGGGAGGGCUGCUGGUGGGCCUCAACUUAAUUGACGCUAACCUCUGUAUUAAAGGGGAGGACCUUGAUUCUCAGGUAGGAGUCAUUGACUUCUCCCUUUACUUGAAGGACCCAGCCAACAGUGAGACCCCAAAAGAUGAUGCCAAGAUGACAGCCAUAUUAGAUCAGAAGCACUACAUUGAAGAGCUGAAUCGUCACCUAAGUGGCACUGUCACCGACCUUCAGGCUAAGAUGGACUCUCUGGAGAAGACCAACAGCAAACUUGUCGAGGAGCUGACAGCAGCAACUGACAGAAUAAACUCUCUGCGGGAUGAACAGGAACAGCUACAAAAGGAGAACGAGUCGAUCUUACAGUCCAGCCAGAAAAAGGAAGAGGCAGCCCUUCAGGACAGCCAGGUGGAGCUGGAGACAUACAAACAGACUCGGCAGGGCCUGGAUGAGAUGUACAAUGUAGUAUGGAAGCAGUACAAGGAGGAAAAGCGCAUUCGCCAGGAGCUGGAACGUGAGUUGGAGCUGCAGGUGGGGUUAAAGCAGGAAAUGGAGGUGGCCAUGAAGCUCCUGGAGAAAGACACGCAUGAGAAACAGGACACGCUGGCAGCCUUGCGGCUCCAACUCGAGCAAGUCAAGACUCUCAACGUGCAAAUGUUCCACAAAGCUCAGGACUCAGAACGAGAAGCAGAAAAAAAGCAGGCGCAGGCCGUGCAGCUUGAGAAAAAGAUGAACGAAAUGGAGAAAACCAUGACAGAAAUAGAGCAGAGACUACAGAACUCGGAACAAGAGCGCAAACAGAGCGACCAGUCAGACAAAGACAUGAGAGUGGAGCUGGAAGGAAAAGUGGAAGCUUUGCAGAAACAGCUGGCUGACCUGGACUCACUAAGGCUGGGUUUGGAGAAUGAGCUGCGCACUGAGAGGGAACAGAGACAAAACUUACAGAAAGCUCUCCAGAGGGAACAGGACAACAGCGUCGAGCUCCGCACGCAGCUGCAACAACUUCAGGGCCUGCACACAGAGCUGCAGGAGUUGAAGCAGGAGAAGCAGCAGCUGCAGCAGACAUGUGAGCAGCAGGAACAGGCGCUACAAGAGAUGGGGCUGCACCUCAGCCAGUCUAAACUUAAGAUGGAGGAUUUCAAGGAGGUCAACAAAGCCCUGAAGGGGCAAGCCUGGCUGAAAGAUGAUGAAGCCACUCAGUGCAAGCAAUGCCAGAAGGAGUUCUCCAUCUCACGCAGAAAGCACCACUGCAGGAACUGUGGAGACAUCUAUUGCAACAGUUGCUCCAGCAACGAGCUGGCCUUGCCUUCCUAUCCCAGACCUGUGCGGGUGUGCGACGUGUGCCACUCCCUCCUGCUACAGAGAAGCUCCUCCACAGCUUCCUGACAAAACAAAGUGUAAAUGGUCCUACACAUGCUCAUCCACUAUGUUUUUUUUUAACCAAGUACACUUAAGAAUUGUCAGCAAAUCUUAAUAGAAAUUAAUUUGGUGGUCCACUUCCACCGCUACCUGAAAUUCAGGAACAUUCUCUUCUGUAUUAAAUGAGGAACCGUUUAACAUUGCUGGGAUGAGCUAAUAUAGUUUAUGCAGACUGUAUAUUAAGGAGAGUUGACUUUGCUCAGAGGAUGAUAUUUAUGGGAUCAGGAAUAUCAUCGGUUUAGCAAUUUGGUACUCAUUCGGUAAAGAUUUUAAUGUGUGGAGUUUUCCUAAUUCAAACCAUGGAAGUAGAUUAUGUUAAGGUCUCUUAAAGGCCACUGCUGGUUUUCAACUUUUGUUUGGGGA